CGAAAUUCAGUGAGGAGAAUUUCCUUGAUAAAUUUCUCUCGAAUCUGUGCCUUUUUGUACUGAUCUGGCACCUAUUUCCAUGGCAAUAGCCUCGGCUCGGGCUCCGGCGGUCGGAGGACUGCAGAGAGGAGAGGUGAGGGCAGGGGGACGUUAUGAGAGCGCACAAUCACAGCCAUGUCACCCUUUCCUUCUUUUCUCACUCGUUACACUGUUCACGUCCACCAGGGGGCGCCCUCCAGCACGUGACACCUCGGCGCUCAGAAACAAAAAGGCGGGGUGGGCGGAUCGGUCGUCACGUGACGUCUGGGCGCUAAGUAUAAAAGAGGCGGAGCGCGGGAACAGCUCACUCGAGAAAGCGCUUGUUUAGUGAGGUGAGCUGUGGGGGCGACGUAACGGAAGCGGUAAGCGCGCCUUUGUUUCGGUGGCUGGUCUUAUGUAUUUCUGCAAUAGCGGACUAGCAUGCAUUCCAACAAGAAUCCCAGAACUGACAUGGACAGACCUGCCACUUCAAUCAAGAACUUUUUUACCGAUAAAACAUGUGAAAAUGCCGUAAGAAGGACUCUUAAGGUGAUUCAGCCCUCUGCCACUGGUCAGCUCAUUGGGCGUACUGCAGAGCAGGCUAAAAACUCCACAAAAAGAAAACUCUGGAAUGGUCAGGUCAUCUCAAAAAAGGCAAAGGUGGAAAUUGCUGUAGACCCAGAACAAAGGGAAAAUAAAGACUGUUCAGAUGAAGCUUAUGAACUUAUGGUAAAAGAAAAUCCCACACAGCUGUACUGGAAGGAGUUGGCAGAGGAAAGGAGAAAAGCACUUUAUGAAGUACUACAGGAAAACGAAAAGUUGCAUAAAGUAAUUGAGCUCAAAGAUGGGGAGAUUUCACAGUUGAAGCAGGAAAAUGACGAACUCCUGCAACUAGCUGGGCAUGUGCAAUACAUGGCAAAUUUAAUAGAGAGGCUUACUGGAAGUGCACCACAAAGUCUUGAUGAUUUAAAGAACCUGGACUUGGAGGAAGCUAGAUGUGAAGACGAAGCAGACCUAGAGGAGCAGCAGUCAAGUUUAUCUUCCAGUGAGGAAGAUGAUGUAUAAACUAUAAAGAACAUUCAGAAGUGG